AUGCAUUCUACUCCAUGUGAUUCAGCAAUACGUAUAAUGGGUGCUGAGUACAUAAUAAAGAGUAGUGGCCCCAGUACAGACCCUUGGGUUUGGAGUUGGAUACUUACAAGACGUUCUAAUGUCUUAGAAAGGCUUGUUGAUGUGAAACACAUGGCUGACCGUAUCAUCAAUAUGCGUGAAAUGCUGGUUGCUAACCUAAAGAAGGAAGGCUCCACGCUUGAUUGGUCACACUUUACCGAUCAGAUCGGAAUGUUCUGCUUCACAGGCCUCAAACCUGAACAGGUGGAACGUAUUACCAAGGAAUUUUCUGUUUAUUUAACUAAAGAUGGACGUAUAUCUGUCGCUGGAAUUUCAUCGUCAAACAACGCCUACUUAGCACACGCCCUGUCUCAAACAACGCCUACUUAG